UUCCAUGUGUUCUUCCUACCUUGUCCACUCUAGCCCCCAAACAAUUUGGAAACAUGAAGUGGGUAAUAUUCAUUUCUUUGGUAUGCUUGGUAAGCUUUACUGAAUUGAAAAACUUACCCAGAAGAUAUCGGCAUACUGAACAUGAACACGGGACCAUCAAUCUUGCCUCUCAAGUAUCAGCAGAUGAUUUUGCUGCCAUUACCUUAGUUUUAUUCGCUCAAAGUGUACCAAAUGCCACACUUGAGGAGGUGAAAAAAUUAUCAGCAGAUGUUAUAGCACUUCACCAGAAAUGUGUUGCUAAUGAAUUUUCUGACCCAGAAUGUACAAAGGAUUUGGGUAAAGUUUAUCUGGAUAUACUCUGCCAUGAUGAAGAAUUUUCCCACAAAUAUGGAAUUGAUGACUGUUGUGCUAAGGCUGAUCCAGAAAGAAAUGAAUGUGUUUUAUCCCAUAAAGUUUCACCAAUAGGACGUGUUGAUCAUCCUAGUGCAGAAAAAACUUGCCAAGCAUAUCACAAUGACAAAAGUGCUGUUAUAGUCCAAUAUAUUUAUGAGCUCUCCAGAAGAUAUCCUAAAGCACUAGUUGUUGUAAUCCUCCUUGGAACUCACAACUAUGACAAAAUCCUGGAAACUUGCUGUGCAGCAACUGAUAAAGAUGCUUGUAUCAAUGAAAAGGCAACAGAAGCCACAAAUAAAUUCAGAGAAAUAAUUGAGGAUCAGGAAUAUACUUGUUUUAAUCUGAAGCAUUAUGGAAAAGAUGAUUUGCGUGCAUUGAAAUUUAUUGAGACCCAUGAGAAGUUCAUAAAUGCUAAUCAGGAAACUCUAUCCCAUAUUGUUGGCCAUGUUGUGCACAUCUAUGAAGAAAUCUGUAAAGGGGAUUCCCUGGAGGCUUUACUUGACAGAGCAGACCUGUCAAAAUAUGUCUGUGAGCACAAAGAUGCUAUAUCUUCUAACGUUGGUGCUUGCUGUGAAAAGCCUCUGGUGGAAAGGCCAAACUGCCUUGCUGCUUUGGAAAAUGAUGCAAGAUCUCCGGAUCUUCCCCCACCAUCUGGAGAAAUCUUAAAAGAGGCAGAAGCAUGUAAAUUGUUGGCUGAACAAGGAGAUGGACACUGGGAAAGCUUCCUCUUUACAUUAACAAGAAACCAUCCUGAACUUUCUAAACUGAUUGAUGUGGAAAUUUUGCAUAAAUAUAAAUCAUUGGCGACCAAAUGCUGCGUACUAGAAGACAAAGUACAGUGUUUGCAUGCAGGGGAAGAACAGCUCAAAUUAUAUAUUACUAAGAUUACUGAAGUUGUGAAGAAUAAUUGCAAUAAUUAUAAAGAAAUAGGAGCCUACUUCUUCCAAAAUGAAUAUUUGAUCAAGUAUAGUAAAAUUAUACCACAGGUUCCAAAUUCUAAUCUGAUUGAGCUCGCCAAAAAAUUGGAACACGUUGCUGAGAAAUGCUGUAAUUUAGAUGGUGAUCACCAAGUCUCAUGUGCUUUAGAAAAUACAGAUAAAGUGAUAGGAUCUGUAUGUAGAUAUCAUGAUGAACAUUUCACAAACAAACAAGUUGGCGACUGCUGUGAUUCCUCCUUUAUCAGCCGUUGGGAAUGUAUCAGUAACUUAGGACCAGAUCCAUCCUAUAAUCCUCCUCCAUUCAAACCUAAAGCACUGGAAGCCCCUGAGAAAUUGUGCUCACCUAAUGAAGCGACUGUACAGGAAAGUAAGCAAGGUUUGCUAAGUGACUUGAUAAAAUCCAAACCUAAUAUCGAAGAUGGAGAGCUUGCCGUUGGAAUCCUAGCUUUCCGUGAACUUCAGACAGAUUGCUGUGCAGCUGCAAACCAAAAGGAAUGCUUUGACACAAAGGGUCAAAAACUGGUUGAACAGAUCCAAAGUGGUCAAAUAUCCGUGUAACUAUCUUAGCUUCCACAAUGGAAUAAUGCUGGAGAUAAAGAAUCCAAACAUCCCCAAGUAUACUUGGUUGCUGUUUUCAUGUCAGCCUUUUAAUCCCAAUUUGAUUCUUGGUGAAACAAUUAUUUCUUAUGAGAGUGUGACUAUCUUUAAAAUGAAAAUGAAUAAAAGCUUUAAAAGGAAA